AUGUCACCCGGAGAGAGACUGGACCCACUUCCUGACACCUUCAUCCUGCAGCCGCCCGUCUUCCACCCGCCAUUUCCGGAGGGUGGCAGCGAGUAUCCUGUUGGAUAUGUGAGUCUCUGGGGAGCACGUCUGAGCCCCUUGGCUUGGGAAGAGGCAGGCUGGCUGCCCAGAAUGGGCGGAGCCCCAGCAUCACCAGCAAGAGAUCCUUCUCAGGGGGUGCUCUCUGUUCCCAGCAACCCGGAGGGGAAGCUGGGGUUGGCCUGCAGGGCAGAGAGGGAGAUGAGGCCCAAGGCCAUGCCACCUUUCCUGCUGAAGAGCCCCAGCCUGGAGGUGCCCUGUUCUCGGGCCCUUCCCAAGGGUCUCUGGCCAGGACAAGUCAUCGUACUUCGGGGACUGGUCCUGCCAGAGCCAAAGGACUUCACUCUGAGCCUGCGGGACCAGGCGGCUCGCGUCCCCGUGAUGCUCAGGGCGUCCUUCGCAGACAGAACUCUGGCCUGGAUCUCGCCCUGGGGGUGCAAGAAGCUGAUCUCGGCCCCCUUCCUCUUCUACCCCCGGCGAUUCUUCGAGGUGUUGCUCCUGUGCCAGGAGGGAGGGCUGAAGCUGGCGCUCAAUGGGCAGGGCCUGGGGGCCACCAGCGUGCACCAGCGGGUCCUGGAGCAGCUGCGGGAGCUCCGGGUCAGUGGCAGCGUCCAGCUCUACUGUGUCCACCACUGAGGAGGGAGCCAGGGCCCCCACCCCCUGCCAGGGAAGAGAAGGGCCAGCCCCCGCCUGGCACCCCUCCACGCAGCUCCACGCUCCUUCCUUCCGUAAACUGCGUGCCUGUCACCACCUGCUUUCAGAAGCCCCAGCCAGGGAUCGGCACACCCUGUGCGCACUCACACCUCACCCGGUCAUGGCCACGGUGCUACUGCUGUGGUUCCUGGUAUGUCGGGGGUGUUCCCGGUAUGUGUAUUGGUACCAUCUGAUUUUGUGUCUUCCGCUUCUGGUGCCAUUUUUCCUUGUAUUUUAAGCUUGUUGCUUGCUAUCAGAUUGAUGAAAUCUUUAUCACCCUCCUCACCUUUUGUCUCAGAACUGUUUGGAAGUUAUAACUGCAUUUACACUUCUAGUGGUUUUCCUUACUUUUCUUUUUCUU